AUGCCACUCGGUCGCAGCGAUCUCCAGGUGUCCAAGCUGGGAUUGGGCACGUUACAGUGGGGUGAUACACAGCAGGGAUAUGGCAGCAGGUUCAGUGAGGAUCAACUCAAAGAAGUCUUUGACACUGCUGUGGCUGGCGGUGUCAACUUCUUUGACACGGCUGAGAUCUACGGAUACCAAAGCAUGAAAGAGGGGUCAGCUAGUGAGCAGAUCCUGGGCCGGCUGGCAAAGUCAUCAGAUCAGCGACUGGUGCUGGGCACCAAAUUUUUCACAGUGCCGUGGACCAAUGCCAUCAUAAAAGCCUUGAGAGCGAGCCUGGAACGCCUUGGGAUAGAAAGGGUGGACUUGUACCAAGUUCACUUCCCCUUCCCAGCCUACUCCCAGGAAGUCCUGGCAGAGGGCUUUGCAGAGGCUGUGGACGAGGGUCUUGUUGGCGCUGUGGGCGUGUGCAACUACGACGUUGAUCAGUUGAAGAAAUUCCACUCACUCAUGGCGGCGCGCAACAUUUCUGUUGUGAGCAACCAGGUGAAAUACAACAUCUUUGAGAGGAAAGUAGAGGAGACUGGGCUGCUACAGCUGUGCAGGGAUCUGGGUGUCACGCUGGUGGCUCACUCACCACUGCGACAGGGCCUUCUGACAGGUGCGCAUCUUAGCAGAUGCACUUGCCAUGUUGCCCUGGCUUACCUCAUGGGAAAAGGCGCAAUUCCCAUACCAGGGGCAAAGUCUGUGGAGCAAGUCAAGGAUCACAUUGGCGCGCUACAGUUCUCUCUGGAUGAGAAUGAGAUUGCAGUAAUUGAUGAGCGGUUGCAAGCAUUCAAAUGA